ACUGUAUGACGCAGAGGUUACAAAACACACGCGCCCAGCCGCCGGGAGGUCACGUGUUCUGCAGCGUUAUGCAAACACAGAAUUUUCCGAUUUGUUACUUGCAGCUGGCCAUCGCAGGCGGAGAGAUGAAAGGCAAGUCCACCAAGUCACAGGCUGGCGGACCGAAAAGUAAAGUGAAGAAAAGAGCUGCGGAGGUCUCCGGUCUGUCGCCGGCUAAAAAACUGCGAGCCAAGAUCGAUGGAGAAACAUCCAAAGGAGGGGCUCCUUACAGUUCUGCGGGAGUCCAGAGGAAGCCUGGCCAUGGCAGCAUCCUGCACUAUAUAUACAAGAGCACGCUGGGCCAGAGUCUGCACUCUCAGAUGAGACAGUGUCUCCAGGGGCCCUUUGUCCGAUCUCUGUCGUCGUAUCAUUUUCACGGCGCCAGCAGUCCCUUUGACCGCAGGAUCACCUGUUUGGAGUGGCACCCCACUCAACCCACCACUGUGGCGGCAGCCUCUAAAGGCGGCGACAUUUUCCUCUGGGACUUUGAGAAGUCUGAAAAGAAAACCUUCCUUCCAGGGAAAGGAGCGGGAGACUUUAUUGGAGGGAUGAAGUUUUGCCCCACAGACUUCUCCAGCGUUUAUGUCGCCUCUGGCGAGGGGACACUGACCCUGCAGAGCUUUGAGGGCCACCCUCCCACCCUGCUGUCCAGAACCCAAGACUGCGGGCACGAUCACCACAACGUUUGCUUUUGGUAUUGUUGCGUCGACGUCUCUGUGAGUCGACAGAUGCUUGUGACGGGGGACAACGUGGGAGAGCUCACUCUGCUGGGACUGGACGGGCAAAAGAUCUUCAGCCAUAAGUUGCACAAAGCCAAAGUGACGCAUGCAGAGUUUAACACCCGAUGCGACUGGUUGCUGGCGACGGCCUCUGUUGAUCACACGGUGAAGCUCUGGGACCUGAGGAACGUCAAGGACAAGAAGAGCUUCCUCCACGAAAUGCCUCACGACAGAGCUGUCAACUCAGCCUAUUUCAACCCUCUGGACUGCUCCAAGCUGCUCACCACAGAUCAGCACGACCAGAUCCGCGUGUACGCGUCCUCUGACUGGUCCAAGCCUCAGCACAUCAUCCAGCACCCGCACAGGCAGUUUCAGCACCUCACCCCCAUCAAGGCCACAUGGCAUCCCCUGUACGACCUGAUUGUGGCGGGGCGCUACCCCGAUGACCGCAUCUGCACCGGAGAUCGGAGGACCAUUGACAUCUUCGACUCCAACAGCGGGGAGCUGGUGUUUCAGAUGUACGAUUCCAUCGCCACAGGGAUCAAAUCGAUCAACAAGUUCAGCCCCAUGGGCGACGUCAUCGGAUCUGGAAUGGGCGUAACACUACUGAUCUGGGACCACGACUCGUCGUUGGUCAGCGGCCGACACAAACCGCUGGAGGAGACGUCACCGUCGGCGGACGGGCUGAGGGGUCAGCGGAGGAGCCAGCAGCGCGCCGCCAGAGACCGGAGGGGUCCCACUGGGGAUGCAAAGCUGAAGAAAAAGCUGGCUUCUCUGGAAGAAGCUGAGACCAAAACCAAAACCGGGUGCACCAAACUUAAACGAGCUCAGUCGAGGAAGAAGUAAAUGGUCAGAAACUAAAAGACGAGAAGCUUGUUUUGUACAUUUCUUUGUUACUGUUCGUGCUUCUAAGAUCAGGGAUGUUUAUAAAUGUUCUUGAGCCUUUUAUAUGUAUCUUUCCGCUGUGCACAUUUUCCCAGCAAUUUUUCUACUGUACAAACAUUAAAUAUAUUCAUUUGUACGUUGUUGACUAUUCCU